AUGCUCAGAAGAACAACACAGCUUGCCAGGCUGUCAGGACUUUCUCAGUUGAGUUCGAAUGCGUCCAAGAAGCUAUUCGUGAAUGAGGUGUCACAUGUAAGUGGUAGAGCAUACUCGGCAGCGGCUGUAGCUGUUAAACUUGCAGACGACAUUACGUUGGAGACCCACACUGAUAUACAAGCUGCUACUAGGGAACAGGCUGAUACGAGAAGUGCAGCCAGAAACGCGUCGGAAAUCAUCAAUUCGGGCAGUAGUGCGUUGCAACAUGCUUACAAGGAGAAUACUGAUUUUGGGACAAGGCCGAUUUACCUGGAUAUGCAGGCUACGACUCCUACGGAUCCUCGGGUGCUGGAUACGAUGCUUAAAUUUUACACCGGUCUGUAUGGCAACCCCCAUUCAAACACUCAUGCGUAUGGUUGGGAGACAAAUAAGGCGAUUGAGGCCGCUAGGAAAUAUAUCGCGGAUGUGAUAAACGCGGACCCUAGAGAGAUGAUCUUUACUUCGGGAGCGACAGAGUCGAAUAGUAUGGCAAUCAAGGGUGUGACACGAUUCUACAAGAAGACAAAGAAGCAUAUAGUAACGACCAGGACGGAACAUAAGUGCGUCUUGGAGGCUGCAAGAGCGAUGAUUAACGAGGGAUUCGAAGUCACAUUCCUAAAUGUUGACGCGAACGGUUUGGUCGAUCUGAAAGAGCUGGAAGAAAGCAUUAGGCCCGACACCUGUUUGGUUUCUGUCAUGGCUGUUAAUAACGAGAUCGGUGUCAUGCAGCCGCUCAAAGAAAUAGGUCAAAUUUGCAGAAAGCAUAAAGUGUACUUCCAUACAGAUGCGGCGCAGGGAUAUGGUAAGAUACCUAUAGAUGUUAAUGAGAUGAACAUUGAUUUACUUUCGAUUUCCUCGCAUAAGAUUUAUGGUCCUAAGGGGAUUGGUGCUUUGUUUGUCAGAAGAAGACCAAGAGUUAGACUAGACCCAAUCAUUUCCGGUGGUGGUCAGGAAAGGGGGCUAAGAUCAGGUACUCUAGCCCCCCCUUUAGUCGCUGGCUUCGGUGAAGCCGCCAGGUUGGUUAAGCAGGAGGAAGCUUACGAUAUGGCUCAUAUUGCUAGACUGUCAAAGAAAUUAACAGACGGGUUGCUUUCCAUCGAUCACACCAGUCUAAACGGCUCUCCAGAUCAUCGUUAUCCAGGUUGUGUGAACGUAUCAUUUGCAUACGUGGAAGGUGAAUCACUACUCAUGGCACUACGGGACAUUGCUCUAUCAUCAGGUUCAGCAUGUACUUCUGCCUCGCUGGAGCCUUCAUACGUUUUGCAUGCCUUAGGAAAGGAUGAUGCCUUAGCGCACUCUUCGAUAAGAUUCGGUAUUGGCAGAUUCACCACUGACGAGGAGAUUGAUUACGUGAUCAAGGCGAUCAGUGAGAGGGUAAGGUUCUUGAGGGAGCUGUCGCCUCUAUGGGAAAUGGUACAGGAAGGGAUAGAUUUGAACUCUAUCGAAUGGUCUGGCCAUUAA